GUCUCUGGUUGAAAGGUUAACAACAUGGGUGCCUCCGUAUAAAUGAUUCUUGCCGUGUCCCACAGAAGACUUGCACCACGAUGUUUGGAGUUGUGUCUGUGCGGACUGCGCCGCUGUUUCGCCUUCUUUCUCCAACUUGCUUCCAGGCGGUUACUGUAAGGGGACGGAAGUCGCGCAACGAUCCGAAGGCUAAGUCGAAAGCCGACAGAGUCAAGGUCCCUCCGCCUGUGGAUCUUGCGGAGAUGGUGGUGCUGAAGGAGAGGUUUACUCAAUAUGAGCUCAUCAUCAGGGCCCUGCGGGCAGAAUUCAAAGAGGAAAUGUUGUGCCAGAGAUAUGAAGAAGAGGUUGGCUCUUUGGCUGAAGAAAAGGCUAGACACGAAACGGAACAACAUCGGAUGCUGAUGGCUUGGAAUGACGCUGAGAAUGAGAGACUCCGGAAAUUACGGGAACACCGAGUUAAACAGGAGCAAGAGCAAGAGGAACUCAAAACGCUACAAGUAGCCCUUGCAUUAGAAAAAAGAAUGGAAGAGUAUAUUAAAGAAAAGGAGCUGGAAAUACUGACGCUACAGGAGGAAAGCAAGAACUUCAUCACGCUGGACAAUCUGGAACAGCGAAUUGAGGAUGCUCUGGACAAUCCAAAGAAUUACAAUUUUGCUAUUGAUAAAGAGGGGCGGAUUGUAAAGAGAACUGAACAAAAAUGACAGAACUGAGCUCUUAUACUUUUAUCUAUUAUUACCAUUUACAAAAGGAAUCGGAAGUCAAAUUAUGUGGAAAUAGACUACAAAAACUGUGAAUCAAAUUGUGUACUUGUAUGUUUUAAAAUAAAAAAAAUUAAUCAAA